CCCGAAGAAAUGCUCGUCCCCAACUUCAAUUGUACUGAGCAUUACAUGUUUUGCAAAGCUUUUGUUCUCCUCUCGAUUCGAAACCCCUUCCCCCCUCGUCAGCUUUGCGCCUCCCGCUUGACCUCAGCCUCUCAGGGCUUGCUAGCUCGCAUCGCCGUAGAUCCUGAUCGUCCUUAAUUACCCCGCAGUUUUCGUCACCUGGAAGCCUAGCACAACACCUCUUCAGGACGAGUUUCCUCUUCGAUUCUGGAGUUAAGGAAAGAAAAGGAAGAAAGCAGCCACCAACCCCAACCCCAACCCACCAACAUGUCCAAACCAAUCCCCAUCGUGGACUCCCACAUCCACCUAUUCCCCGCAUCCCACCUGCCGACCUUGGCCUGGCACGGGCCCCAGAACCCGCUGGGCGCGCAGCACUCGGUCGACGAGUACCGCCAGGCGACGACGGCCGCGACCACAAGUACGCCGAGCGCCGCGGGCGCCGCGGGCGCCGCGCCCUCCUAUCUCCGGGGCUUCAUCUUCCUAGAGACCGACCGCAUCUCCUCGGUCGAGGAGGAGUCCGAAAAGCUCGGCUGGUCGCAUCCGCUGGACGAGGUGUCCCUUCUGACGCGGAUCAUCACGGGAACCCCCGUGCCCGGGGAGGGCCAUGCGGAGGCGGAUCGCCAGCUGUGUCUCGGGAUGGUGCCGUGGGCGCCGGUGCCGGGGGGUGCGGCGGUCUUGGAGAGGUAUAUGGGGCUGGUGCGGGAGCGGACCGGGGAGGAUGUCUACCGCAAAGUCUGCGGGGUGCGGUAUCUGGUUCAGGAUAAGCCGAAGGGGGUGAUGGGGCAGGCUGGGUUCGUGGAGGGGCUGCGUUGGCUGGGGAGGCAGGGGCUGGCGUUCGAUCUGGGGGUGGAUGCGAGGCAGGGCGGCAUGUGGCAGUUGAGGGAGGCGGCGGAGAUGUUAAGGGGGGUUUUUGAUGACCGGGUGGAGGAGGGAUCGCGGGUGAAGGUCGUUAUCAACCACCUGUGUAAACCGAAUCUCCGGCUGCCGUAUCAUGGCCCGGCUUCUGUGGCCACUCAUCCGGAUUUCUUGGAGUGGUCGUCCUUGAUCAUGGCCAUGGCCCAGUAUCCCUCGACCUUUAUGAAGCUUUCCGGCGGAUUCUCGGAGCUGCUGCCGCUGGAGGAGGGGUCGGAGCCCGAUGUCAAGGCGCUGGUGGACCGGAUGCAGCCGUGGACGGAUGUCGUGUUCGAUGUCUUCGGGCCGCAGAGAGUCAUGUUUGGGUCGGAUUGGCCGGUGUGCAAUGUCGGUGGCGGAGGCAAUGCGGUGUCGUGGGGCCGGUGGAGGAGGGUCGUCGACGAGAUCUUGGACCGCAGAGGCUUGUCCCAGGCGGAAAGGGAAGGGGUUUGGGGCGGUGUUGCCGUUCAGGCUUACGGCGUGGAGGUUUGAGUCUUUAUGAAUGUUUACACUUAGGCUUCCAUUCAUA